UCCGGUUCCCGUUCUCGGGGUUGGACUCUCACGUGCUGGGGCUGCCAGUCCUCUCUGGGCUCCAGCGGGCUUCUGAUGGAUGGGUUCGUCCUCUGCGAGGACGGAGCAGAAUCAGCAUCAGCCUCCAUCCCAAAGAUCAAAACCCUUGAAACCACUGAACUUAUGCCUUGUAACACAUGGGGAAAGCAAAAAGACAAUGAAAAAGCACUCAACUAGCAUUGCCUGAGGAUCUAGGCAGUUAUUCAGACCGUCAUCAUGGGUAUCCGAGGACUAAUGAGUUUUGUGGAAGAUCAUAGUAAUGAAUUCUUCACCGAUUUGAAGUUGCGGGACACAAAAAUUAUCAUUGAUGGCUAUGCUCUUUUCCACCGACUUUGUUUCAAUUCAAACUUGGAGCUCCGGUAUGGAGGCGACUAUGAUUCUUUUGCAGAUGUUGUACAAAAAUUCUUUGAAUCACUGUUUGCAUGUAAUAUACGUCCAUAUGUUGUGUUAGAUGGAGGAUGUGAUAUAUCUGAUAAAAAGCUUACAACUUUAAAGGAUCGUGCUAGAGAGAAGAUCCAGACAGCCCAUUCCCUUUCACUUGGUGGGGGUGGGUGUGUGUGUCCCUUACUCAUCCGGGAAGUGUUCAUACAGGUUUUGAUCAAGCUGCAGGUAUGUUUUGUCCAGUGCUUUUCAGAAGCAGAUCGGGACAUUAUGACACUUGCUAAUCAUUGGAAUUGUCCUGUUUUAUCGUCGGACAGUGACUUUUGUAUUUUUGACCUUAAAACUGGGUUCUGCCCAUUAAAUAGCUUUCAGUGGAGAAAUAUGAACACUGUUAAGGGCACACAAUACUAUAUCCCUGCUAAAUGCUUUUCCCUUGAAGCGUUCUGCCGUCACUUCAGCAAUAUGAAUAAAGCUCUUCUACCUCUCUUCGCGGUGCUGUGUGGAAAUGACCAUAUUAAUUUGCCUAUCAUGGAGACAUUCUUAAGUAAAGCACGUCUCCCUCUUGGAGCUACCAAUUCUAAGGGGAGGAGGCACCACCGAGUUCUGGGACUUCUGAAUUGGUUGUCUCAUUUUGACAACCCUACUGAAGCACUAGAUAAUGUUCUGAAAUAUCUCCCAAAAAAGGAUCGAGAAAAUGUUAAGGAACUUCUCUGCUGUUCCAUGGAAGAAUACCAGCAGUCCCAGGUGAAGCUGCAGGACUUCUUCCAGUAUGGUUCUUAUGUCUGUCCAGACGCCUUGAAUCUGGGUUUACCAGAAUGGGUACUAGUGGCUUUAGCUAAAGGCCAGCUAUCUCCUUUCAUCAGUGAUGCUUUGGUCCUAAGACGGACCUUUCUUCAUACACAGGUGGAAAACAUGCAGCAACCAAAUGCCCACAGAAUAUCUCAGCCCAUCCGACAAAUCAUCUAUGGGCUUCUUUUGAAUGCUUCACCACAUCUGGGAAAUGUGUCCUGGAAUGCAUUGCCUCCUCAGUCUCUAGCUUUCAGUGAAGUAGAAAGGAUUAAAAAAAAUAUCAAAACAUCAAUUGUUGGUGCAGUAGAACUGCCCAAGGAUCAUUCUGACUUAAGCAAAUUGACUGAGCUCUCCUUGGGUAGGCGGCAGAUACUUCUGUUAGAAACUCUGAAAGUGAAACCAACCAUCCUGGAGCCAAUUCCUACGUCAUUGAAACUGCCCAUUGCCGUCAGUUGCUACUGGUUGCAGCACACAGAGGCCAAGGCAAAGCUACAUCAUCUGCAAGCCUUACUGCUGGGGAUGCUGAUGGGGCCCUUGCAUGCCAUUAUCAAUAGCUCUAGAAAUGUGGACCCUGCACCCAGGCAGGCUCAGUGCCUUCCUGCUCGCUAAUUGAUAAAAGGUCAGGAAGAUCUGCAGGAAGAUGGUGCUAAGGUGUUGUAUGAAGAGUUCCAAAGAGUGAAGGAGCAGACGCGGCUGGGCACGAGACUGGAUUUAGACACAGCUCACAUCUUCUGUCAGUGGCAGUGCUGUCUCCAGAUGGGGGUGUAUCUCAAUCAGCUUCUGUCCACUCCUCUCCCAGAGCCAGACCUAACUCGAUUGUACAAUGGAAGCCUGGUACAUGGACUAUGCCAACAAUUGCUAGCAUCAACCUCUGCAGAAAAUCUCCUGAGCAUGUGUCCCAAGGCUAAGCAACUUUACGAACAUCUAUUCAAUGCCACAAGGUCAUAUGCCCCUGCUGAAUUAUUCCUACCGAAAGUUAAAUCAAAUUCAAAAAAAAAAAGGCAGAAGAAACAGGGUACCAACUGGUCAAAGAACAGAAUGGGAACUACCUCACACACUGGGUGUUGGUAUGAGGGAAGCAACCGGUUUGGGCUGUUAAUGGUUGAAAACUUGGAGGAACACAUGGAGGCCUGUCAGCUUGAAUAAACCCAGUCUCUAUCAGACUAGAUGUAUAAUUCUGACUUAAAAUUUUUCUGUUACCUCCCUUAAAACAAUUAACUUUUUUCUUUAGGACUAACCAUAUUGGGGAUAAACAUCAUAAUAGAUAAUCUUUGAAUUCCAAGGUAUUUUGUAUUCUGCUUUUAAUAAAUACAACAUGAUUUAAUAA